AUGUCUCCCUUCAGCUUGCGAGAAGCUGCUUAUACCAAGGAGACCAUUGGCUUUGGCAUCUAUCGUCAGAGCAUUGACGACGAGAUCUCGGAGCACGAUGCGGAGAUUGCAGCCUUUGCAUUGCACCGCAUGGAUUGCCAGCGACAGGCUGGCUUACGUGAGCGUGAGCAAGCUGCACUCUGGCGGAAGCGCCGUGAUGCUAGGGAGCCUUUGUACCAGGUGCGGUGGCUUUUGCUCCAGCAUUUGGCCAGAAAGCCUCCUACGCCACCGCCGCUGGAUGAUGAGGAGGAUGAGCUCCCCAGCGGUCUUCCUGAUGGAUUCGAGGCACCCUCGGGGCCACCGUCACGACCUCCAACCCCUGCACACUUUUGGCCAACGCAAAGUACCGACUUCUCACAGUCGCUCUUUGGGCUGGACGAGCGCACGCCGGUGACUGACCGCGUACUGGAAAGACUGAAGUCCCGAUCUCACAAUAUGGGACAGGAGAGGAACUGGAGACUGACUUUGAUGCGGAAACGCACGCAGCGAGAGAAGGCCAGGAAGCUGGCUCUGCAAUAUAGAACCACCAUGUUCUUGGAAGACACUGAGGUGAACGUGACGGAGUUCCUCUCCAACAUUAAGCCUAAGGAAGCUCAAGCGUAUCAGGCCAUCUUGCGGCAGCUUUGCAGCAAUCGCAAAGUCGACAAGGCAGACCUACAGAAGGUUCUGUCGGAACUUGGCUUUCGACCAAGGACCCCCGAGGAGCGUGAAAUUCUACGGAAGAUCCUUGCGGAGAUCGAGUCCUUGGAGGUGGAUUUUGAUGAUGUUGUGCAGACCAUUAUCCCCAAUGUGCGCACGCAGUUCGCAGAACUUAGAGGGCCGGGGCUAUUGGAUCUUUUCACAGAGGCGGAUGAAGACAAGAGUCCCUUGGAUCAUUUGGAAGACACGGGAUGGUUCGUGAGUGUUGAGAUGGUUCCUGCUGUAGAGUUUGGCAUGAUGACUAUGCCGUUCUUGCUCGGAGGUGGAAACCUCUCAGUUGAAGAGCUCCUGGCAGUGCUGCAGCGAAGUGGAUUCUUUCCCCAAAAUAAGGAGGUGGCCGAGACGCUCAUGGAGGUCAUUCCAGGAGCCAAGAACCACCAAAACAUGGAGGGAAAGUUGCUGAUGGAUCGUGUUUCCAUCUCACUAUCCUAUUUCAAAGUGGUGGGGCCGCUACUCCAGGAAAGGUCUGAGUGCCAGCGACUUCAAAUGGAACUACAGAUUGCAGAGGAACUGAGCUUAGAUGCAGAGGAGCGACAACUUUGGCAGGACAGCUUGCUGGACCUUUGGGAGGCUUUUCAACGGUUUUCCGACGACAGACUCGAGGUCGACAGGCUUCCGCUGGUCUUCAUGGACACCGAGCUGCUUCCGAAGCAUGGCUCCCUGCGAAGCUUCUUGUGCUCCAUGGCCGAGGCUGAACUGGCCAAGUCAGAGAGGUCGAAAGUUGAUCGAUUAGACCUGCGGCAAUGUCUCAAGAUCCUUAGCAAAAUCCGUGAGAAGGAGCUGUCCAAAGUGAGCAUGGAACGGGAGUGUCAGCGUGUGAUCGACGUCUUUAAUCAAAAUGACUCUGACAGCACGAACGGGCUCAGUCUCGAGGAGUGUCAGAAGUGUCUGGAGGACUGUGGCAUUAAGGCAAAAGAGGAGGAAUCUGAGUUCAUCACAUGUCUCAUCGACGAAUACGACCUGGAUGAGUCGGGCGAGCUGGAAUUGGAGGAAUUCCUACGGAUGGUCAAGUUCGUUACCUCUCGGCUGCGACGGCAACGCUUGCGACAGCAAGCGGAUUUGGCCUUGGAGUAUGGCUGGGGCGCGGAGGAGUUCGACUUCAUGAGAUUGAAUUUCAUGUUAGCGGACAAGGAAAUGGAUGGCAAUAUCCGAGAUGACGAGAUCGCCUGGAGCGUGAGCCAGCUUCGGGCGGAGUGGCCCCCUGAAGAUACCAAGCUCAUCCUGAGGGAAAUGGGUUUGGUAACCUGGAAUUCAUCAAUCUCUGUGGAUCUCGCUGGCUUCUUGAAGGUGAUGAACUAUGUGGACCUUCGCCUGAAGCAUCGUCGAAUUGGUUCCCUCCUCGGCUUGGAGAAGGGAGCUGUAGACAACUUCUGCUCCGUUUGGUGGUCCAUGAAACCUCAGAAUGACAUGGUGCCCAUCUCUACUCUGGAUGCUCGGCGUGGGAGAUGCACCCAAGCAGGCUAUUGA